AUGGAAACGAGUUCGACUCCAAGAAAAUCUUUUGGUGUCAAUUAUGCUCAACAACAAAUACGCCAAAAUUUGAACAAUUUCCCUGAAUAUUCAAAUACGAACAACCCUUACCCAAGUUCACCUCCGAGACCAAGAUACCAUGGGAUACUUGCUAUGAUUGCAAUUUUAGAUCUAAUUACAAUUUUCGCAUGCGCUCUGUUCUCAAUGCGUAAAGGUCCUUGGAAUGAUUCUGACCAAUGGGAUUGGAACAAAGUUUCAUGGGACUUGGUUAGUUUCGGGAUAUUUCGGAUAAUUGUGGCACUAGGUGUGGCUUUCUCUAUUUGGAUCAGGGACCUGGGUUGGAUGUUGGGCGUUGCAUGCGGGGCUUCCACAUUGAACAUAAUUUUUAAGGCCAAUUUUUUAGUUCAAUCUAAACAUUCUCCCGUAGGAUUUCUCCCCGUUUUUCUCUUAAUUUCUUUUUUCUUCUCUCAAAUAUACUGGAUCGCUUUCAUUUUAAUAACAAAUAGGAAACGGCAAACGUAUUCUUUACAAGAUAACAAUAUUUAUUUUGAGGAACAAGUAGAAUAUAAUCAAUCUAGCCCUUUGAAUACUCUUCGUAGAGGAAUAACAUCAAAGUCAAAUACGCGAACUUAUGGUGCCGCUCUGCACGCUAGUGAUGAUAUUGACGUUUUAGUAAAUGACGGUGUAAUAACUAAUUCAGCAAUCGACAUUUUAACAGUUAAACAAGGUUAUAAUAUUGUUAGAAUAGCUAAUACUUCUAGUGUGACACAAACAUUUCCUAAGGCCGCAUCAUUACCGAUCCCGAUUGCAUUAUCUGUUGCAAAUUCAGAAGGAAGUGCAAAAUCGUUAAAGAGGGUUAAGAGAAAAAUGAAAUUAAAAGAUAGUGAACUUCCUUUACAUAACCGUAAGAGUAGAGACAUUACGGAAGAAGUUCAAGUUGACGAACUAUUAAAUGAACAAAAAAAUGAUGUUAAUAACAACGGCGGUACUUCCAAAACAUUACCAAUUAAUAUUAAAUCUGUUAAUGACAAUGAUCAUUUAUUAUUGAAUGAUGAUUACGAUUAUGAAGGAUUGUUCGUAACUUCCAUCGGACGCGGUGGUAGCGUUAGGGAUCGAGAGAGUGUAUAUUUUCAACCACCAAAAGAAGAUUUUCUUGAUUUUAGAUUAUCUGCUUUAAAUGAUGAAUCCGAUGAUGAAAACAAUAGAAAUGUUGCUACAAGGGUUAGUGAUGAUUCUUCAGAUUCGAAUGAUGAAUUCUCUCCGAAGAGACGUGAAAAAUCUACCGCAUUUAUUGAAAUUAAUUCCAAUAAUAAAAAGGCUUCGACUUCACAUGAAAAAGCUUAUGCCCUACGUAAAUAUCCAAGUGAAGAUUUAGGUGAUGAAGAGGAUGGUGAUUUUAAUUUUUCGAGGAAUGGUGGUGAUUUCGUUGGGAGUGCACCAGUUGGUAAUGGGAGAUGGUCUACUUUGAAGAGGAAAAAGAUUGUUAAUAAUCGAUUUAAUGAAAAUAUUAAUGUUUUGAAUAUUGAUGAAAAAGAAAAUGAUAUUUCAAAAAAGACUUCAAGUCAGGAUCAGACUUUGAAAGAAAUUUCUAAACCUUCUGAACCAAUAGAAAUUAUUCAUGAUAAAAAUUCUAAAGAGAAUAUCAAUUAUAGGCCUGUUAUGUCAUCUAAUACUAGUUUAUUGACCGCCGCAUUUAGUUCUGAAUUAUUUCAAAAUAAUUCUAAUAUUGAAUCAUCUAAGAAAUCCGAGUUACCUGAAAAGCAAAAUGGACAAUCAUGUAAAACAAAUAAUUUUGAAUCACCUCCAAACCAUAAUAUUUCCAUUUCAUCCCCAGUAAUUAAUUUUACACCAAAAUCAUCUUCGCCUUUGGCUUCUCGUGUUCCAAUUUUAGCCAAAACUGAAAAAGAAAUUGAAGACAACGAAUCAACACAAGUUAAUAAUGAGACAAAAUCAAAUAUUUUUGAUAAGAAAAUUAGUCUUCCACCAACUCCUUUAUUGCCUAAUUCAUCAGAAAUUGCCGACGUCUUGUUAUCUCCUAUAGCAGAAGAAUCAAAUCCAUUAUUAUUAAAAAGAAAUAAAGAUCUUUCGCAUACAAUUUUUACGAGGAAUUUUAAUUUAGCAGUAAGAAAAUCAUGGAAUAAUGAAUUUAAUGAAGCAGAAAAAAUAUUUAAUCAGUUUAAAGAUGUUGUACCAAGGUGGAACGUUGCUUAUGCUGAAAUGCAAUUGAUUAAGAAUUUCAUGACAGGUCAAUCAUUAGAUAAGGAAGAUCCAGAAUUAACCAACGCUCUCAUAGAAGCUGAAAAGUUGGCGAUAAAAGUUUGUGAAAACAAGGAUGAUUUUGUAAGAUAUUUUUAUAACUUUGAAACAAAUAUAUGGAAGGUAUAUAUUAAACCAAAUAGCAAUCCAACGGAAGAUGAAGCGAGUUAUGCGUCAUUACGUGCAAAUUAUCGAUGGGAUUGUGAAUUAGCAAUGGCAGAUAUUCUUCUUUUCCAUGCAGUUUUACAAGUUGUAGGAGGAAGCGAAAUUAAAGGGGCAUUAAAUUUACGUAAAGUAUGGAAAACUUAUUCAAAAGUUCGUGAUGAAAUCGAUAAGAUUAAAGGGGAUUCAGGAAAGCAUGAUAAUCAUAAAAAUGAACCUAGUAGUUCAAGCAGUAGAUGGAGUCUUGGAGGUGCGAUAUUAGGAAGAAGAGGAAGUAUAAGUAAUAUGGUUGGAUUUGGUGGAACCAAAAAUCAUCAUCAGGAUGGAUCAAGUGCUACAAUUGAUGGAAUUAAUAAUGUAGAAAUAUAUCCUGACAUUGAAGAUUGUUUAGAAUUUGGAAUUGGAGUCUUUUAUUUUCUCGUUUCAAUUGUUCCUGGCUCGUUCCAAUCAAUAUUAAAAGCAAUUGGAUUUAUUGCUGAAAGAGAGAAAGGCAUCCAAAUGUUAGAAAAUUGUCGUUUACGUGAUGGAGUUAGAGCACCUUUUGCUGCAUUAUUCCUUCUUGCGAAUUAUUUGUUCCUUUCGCGAGGACUUGCCGAUCCAACCCCCUCAUUAAGCAAAGCGGGUAUAAUUGUACAAGAUUGUGUUAGAAAAUAUCCAAAAAGUUCACCAUUCUUAUUUAUGGCAUGUCAACAAGCAAGGAAAACUGGACAGAUAAAAGAAGCCAUCAAAUAUAUAACAGAUGGAAUAAGUAAUAGUGAAAAGAUUGGAAUUACAAGCACAAAUUAUAGAUUUGAAAAAGGAAUGACAUAUUUAAUAAAUCUUGAUUUUUCAGCAGCAAAAGAUAUAUUUGAAUUAUUAUUUUAUGGUAAUACUAUAGUAUUUACAGGUAAAAAUGGAUCCAUAAGAUUACAAGGAUCAAUUCAUGGAUCGCGUCACGGAUCUUCACGUUUACUUGCACGAGAAGGAAGUACAAAGAAAGAUAAUUCAUUAUUACAAUUUUUUGAAUUUGAAUUAAGACCUUUUUGCGGAUUAUGUUUAGCCGGAUGUUACCUUAUGCUUAAAUCAGGUCAACUAGCAGUGAAAGAAGCUUUAGAUGUUCUUAAACAAACAAAGGCUAUGACAAAUCAAAUUAGCGAAAGUAGUAGUAAUAGUGUAGCAAAUAGUAUUGGAUUGUUGGGUACAAGUGCAAGUGGAUUGGUUGGUUUUGGAGUAGGAGGAAACAAUUCUUCGGAUAAAAAAGAACAAAAAGCCAAUCGGUAUAAUAAAUUUGCUGGACGUCAUUCGGCCCAAUAUGUAGAAAAGAAUUCGGUUUCUCCAUUUUUAUUAUUCAUUUUAUUAUAUCUAAGAAGAGAUCUUUUUUAUAUGUCUUUGGAAUUAAAAAAGAGAUGGGCGAAUUUAUUAGAAUCUAUUUGGAAGAAUAUUAAGGAACCCAUCGAUCCAGAUAUAAGUGCUGUCUAUUUACUUAUUCGGGGAGUCUUUGAAAAAUUCUUAAAUAUCGAUGAUCCUACAGUAGCACAAAAAUCACUUUGUGAAUGUUUAGCGAUGGAAACAGGCAUAGUCACAGAAACAUGGCUUGGAGAAUUAUUUUAUAAGCAAUUCGGUAAUCAAGAAGCGGCAAUGGAACAAUUUAGAUGGGUCUUAAAAGGACCAAGGCCCAUAUCACGUGGUGGUUUAAUACCUCGUAGAGAUAGUAGUUUAAGUUUAGCAUCAUUAGCUUCUAGAUCAUCAACUGAUUCUAAUGCAUCGAGUAUGCCCAAUAAUCCCGAUAGGUUUAAGAAAUAUGAAUUUAUCAAAGUUCUCAAACAUCGUUGUACUGUUGCAACUGAUCAAAUCAGACUAAAUGCUAUACAGCCUACAAGCACUGUUGAUGAUAGCAAAGUAGAACAACCACAAUCCACAAGUUUUUCUCAUAGUCGAAAGAAAUCUGGUUCAACUUCAAGUUUAUUAAAAGAAAUACAAGAGCAGUCUCUAUUACAAAAGAAACAGCAGAAAGCCACACCACAUCAAAAAUCAUCUUCAGAAAAUAUAUUCGUUAAAAGACAUAAACCAAGAUCAAUGAGUAUGCCUCAGCAAGAUAUUAGUGAAGAAUGUAGAAAUAAUAAUGGUGGAGGUUCUAAUAGUAAUAAAAGCGGAAUUAAGACAGGACAAGUUAUUAAGUGUAAAGCGGCAGUAGCUUGGGGGCCGGCUAAGCCAUUAAGCAUUGAAGAAGUAGAAGUUGCACCACCAAAGAAAGGAGAAGUUCGUGUAAAGAUAUUGGCAACUGGAGUUUGUCAUACAGACGCGUAUACUCUAUCAGGCAAAGGUACGAUAAAGGUCAAGUCUAAAGUUAUACCAAACCGAUCUAUUCCUGAACUUUUUAAUUGUUUUACAGAUCCUGAAGGAAAAUUGUGGCCGACAAUUUUUGGCCAUGAAGGAGGUGGUAUUGUAGAAUCAAUUGGAGAAGACGUUACUUCUGUCCAACCUGGGGAUCAUGUGAUUCCAUUAUAUAUUCCCGAAUGUCGCGAAUGCAAAUUUUGUAAAAGCGGAAAAACCAAUUUAUGUUCUUUGGUUAGAUCUACUCAGGGAAGAGGAGUGAUGCCAGAUGAAACAACUAGAUUUACUUGUAAAGGGCAGAAAGUAUACCAUUAUAUGGGUUGUUCUACAUUUAGUCAAUACACAGUCUUGUUGGAAAUUUCGGUCGCAAAGAUUAAUCCUAAAGCCCCACUCGAUAAGGUUUGUUUACUAGGAUGCGGUAUUACAACAGGUUAUGGAGCGGCUACAAAAACUGCCAACGUCCAACCUGGAUCUACAGUGGCAGUAUUUGGUUGUGGUGGAGUUGGUCUAGCCGUAAUCCAAGGUGCUGCAGCACGUAAAGCAAGUCGAAUUUUUGCUAUUGAUACCAAUCCAAAGAAAUUUGAGUUUGCCAAGAAAUUGGGAGCGACCGAUCUUAUUAAUCCCAAUGAUUGUGAUAAACCGAUUCAACAGGUUUUAGUUGAAAAGACGGAUGGAGGAUUGGAUUAUACAUUUGAUUGUACAGGAAAUACAAACGUAAUGAGAGCAGCACUUGAAUCAUGUCAUAAAGGAUGGGGAGAAUCAAUUAUUAUUGGAGUCGCUGGUGCAAAUGAAGAAAUUAAUACUCGUCCCUUUCAACUUAUAACCGGUAGAGUAUGGAAAGGGAGUGCAUUUGGUGGUGUAAAAGGAAGAAGCGAGCUACCAAAUUUAGUUGAAGAUUAUCUUGACAAGAAACUAGAAGUGGAUAUGUUUGUUACUCAUCAAUAUAAAUUGGAAGAUAUCAAUAAAGCUUUUGAUAAUAUGCAUUCCGGUGAAAGUAUUCGUGCAGUUAUUCACUUUGAAUAA